AGAAAUCCGAGAAACAUUACCACAAUGUUACCAACAUCGUCAGCAUCGUCGACGAGGUCCGGUAGCUCGGGACGGCAACCAGCCGGUUCGUUUAUACAGCCGGGGCGGCUGCUGCUGCCGGUGCUACCGGUGGUCUGCCUGCUCCUGCUGCUCCUCCCCGCGGACGUCCGGGGAGAUUAUGAAAAUACAUGGAACUCGUACUACGAGCAGCCGUGCUGCGGGGGCACCGCCAACGGGCCCUUCCACCUGCGCCACCACGGAGAUCACGUACGCGAGUUCCAGUGCGGAAAAUUCUACUACCGCACGUUCUACAUGGACGAGGACCGGGACGCCCUGUACGUCGGUGCCAUGAAUCGGGUGUACAAACUUAAUUUGAAAAACAUAAGCAUGACGUCGUGUGAGAAGGACUCAAUGCUGCUGGAUCCCACCGGUACCGACAUUCGAAACUGUGUCUCACGCGGAAAAAGCGAGAUGUUCGACUGUAAAAAUCACAUUCGAGUGAUUCAACCGAUGGACAACGGGACGAGGCUUUACAUCUGCGGUACCAACGCGCACAGUCCGAAGGAUAUUGUCAUUUUUCGAAAUUUAACACAUCUUCCUCGGUCGGAAUACGUCCCCGGAGUGGGUCUCGGUGUCGCAAAGUGCCCGUACGAUCCCAUCGAUAACUCGACCGCCAUCUUCGUCCACGAGGGCAACCCAGGAGACCUGCCCGCCCUGUACUCCGGGACGAAUGCCGAGUUCACCAAAGCGGAUACAGUCAUAUUCCGGGCGGAUCUGUACGAGAUGUCCACCGGGAAGAAGAUGUACAACUUCAAGCGUACGCUCAAGUACGACUCCAAGUGGCUGGAUAAGCCAAAUUUCGUCGGUUCGUUCGACAUCGGCGAGUACGUGUACUUCUUCUUCCGCGAGAUAGCGGUCGAGUACAUCAACUGCGGCAAGGCGGUCUACUCGCGGGUAGCGCGCGUCUGCAAGAAGGACACCGGUGGCAAGAACAUCCUCAACCAGAACUGGGCGACGUACCUGAAGGCACGGCUCAACUGCAGCAUCUCGGGCGAGUUUCCGUUCUACUUCAACGAGAUCCAGGACGUGUACCAGAUGCCGUCGGAUAAGACCAAGUUCUACGCCACGUUCACCACCAGCACGAACGGGCUGGUCGGGUCGGCCGUCUGCAGUUUCAGCUUGGGCGAAAUACACUCCUCAUUCGCGGGUAAAUUCAAAGAGCAAGCAACAUCCAACUCCGCCUGGUUGCCAGUGAUGAGCUCGAAAAUCCCCGAACCACGUCCAGGAACGUGCGUGGAGGAUACGACCGCCCUACCCGAUGCGGUACUGAACUUUAUCCGCUCCCACCCGCUGAUGGAUCGCGCGAUCAGCCACGACUACGGUAAUCCAGUGUUCUACAAGCGUGAUCUCAUCCUCACCAAGCUGGUCGUGGACAAAAUCAGCAUCGACAUCCUGAACCAGGAGUAUCUGGUGUACUAUCUGGCCACGAACGAGGGUCGCAUCUACAAGGUGGUCCAGUACUUCCACGACGGACAGUCGAGGGCGAAACUGUUGGACAUCUUCGACGUUGCACCGAACGAACCGAUCCAGGUGAUGCGACUCAGCCAGCGCUACAAAUCGCUCUACAUCGGCACGGACUCGCGCAUCAAGCAGAUCGAUCUGGUCAUGUGCAACCGACGGUAUGACAGCUGCUACCGCUGCGUGCAGGAUCCGUACUGUGGAUGGGACCGGGACAGUGCCAGCUGUCGACCGUACCAACUCGGUUUCUUGCAGGAUGUUGGCAACCGGACGUCCGACAUUUGCGACACGAACGUGAUGCGGAAGAAAAUCAUUGUCACGUUUGGGCAGAGCGUCCAUCUCGGGUGCUUCGCGCGUGUGCCGGAGAUACUGAAGUACCAGCCCGUCACCUGGUACCACCAUUCGAAGGAGCGGGGCCGCUACGAGGUGCGCUACAGCGUCACCAAGCACAUCGAGACGUCCGAGGGCGGCCUGGUGGUGAUUGCGAUCAACGAGUCGGACGGUGGCCGGUACGAUUGCUAUCUCGGCGGGUCGCUGCUGUGCAGCUUCAGCCUGAUUGUCGAUGCCCAUCGCUGUACGGCGCCCAGCAAAGGGAACGACUAUCAGAAAAUCUACUCCGACUGGUGCCACGAGUUUGAGCGUUACAAAUCCGCCUUGAAGCGCUGGGAAGCGAAGCAAUCGCAAUGCUCGACGAAUCCGAAGGACAACGAGCUGGACGUUUAUCAGAGCAACUCCAACGUUUGAUGAUAAGGACCAAAACACGUUAAAUUACACCCCGCUAGCUUCAGCGUCACGGCCAAAAUCCGCACCGGCAAGCAAUCGGACCGUUUGGGGGUGAGGACGAGAGAAAAGUGGAUAGGAAGUUAUAUUUUAACAUGAACAACAACAACAACAACAAUGUCUGUGAUAAGUGGAGUAAAUCCUAUGACAAUGCACAAACAAAACAAAAUAAACAUGACAAAUGAGUUAGAAACAAAAAGGUGGAAAAAAGGAUGGAAAAAAAGGUUGGAAAGCGAAGAGAAAUGUAGGAGUGAAAUAGAAUGAGCAACGUGUAAAACAAAAACUAAUAAAAUAUAGCGAGCUAAACGAGAGUAGAGGAUGGCAGUAAAAGCAAACCAAUCCCGUUGUGAGUAGCAUACGUCGAAAGUUGAUUAGCAAAAAUAUUAGCAGACAUGAGGAAACAUUCAAGCAGCGGUAGUAAGAAACGAAAACUUACACAUUACACUCUCACACACACGAACACACAAACACACACAACCAUAAACCCAACUCUAGGACAAAUUAAACACAAAAAAAACAGAUGAACUAACAAAGAAUUUUAAGAGAAUUGUAGAGUGGCGUGAACAAACACUCACCUUAACCGAAACAAUCCAUCUCAGACGAUCGGCGCAGAGUGGAGAACCGAAGUAGCGUAGUAGUAAACCCGUAGUAGAGUGAUAGAGGAGCACUUCGUGGAGGAAACAAAAUAGAUGCUUAAUAGUAAGAAAUUAGCCAGCGGGUUUUGGGGCACGCCUGCAUGUGAAGGAGGCUUGUACAUCGAAUGCAGCAGUUCAGUACAUGGAGAAAACAGGGUUGGAAAUUAGAAACAUCAUAGCCACGCGACGCUUGCUAGAGGACGCCUGCAAACAUGAACAACCGAAAGCGUGCGAAUCAACGAGACACAACAGUUAAAUAAGAAUCGUGUAGAAGUAAAUGGCUCAGUUUUAAGCAAUCCUCGAUCGGUAGACUGUCAAGGAGCAACGAACGAAAGGGAUCGACCUUCACGAUCCCAUGAAGUACGAGUGUCAUAAACAAAUGAUUUCUACAUCUUCCUUCCAUCGCCCCGCGAACCGUUCAGGCAGAACGCUAACUAUCGUUCUACACACGAUCACCAGAGACACAAAAAAAACAGGGACCGCAACCACGAAUCCCUGACAGAGUCACUCGUAGAGAAAUGAACGCUCAUUCUUUAUAUUCACACAAUCCAUACGCCACAUCUGAGGCUUCUAAAUCCACCCGCUAAAAACGACUGCGUCCGAUCUUUUUUACCGACAAAAUCAAAUCAUUAACAAAUACAAAUGAAGCAAAGAGUAAACGAAAAACGAAACGAAAUAACGACGAUCGAUCGAAACAAAUUUCGCUAAGUCUGUGAUAUUUUAGUGUUUAAGUGCUCAAUGGAAUGAAUUUUGGUUCCCGAACGAAAAAAAGAGAACGAAAAAGAGAUAGCCGAACGUAAAAAGGUGGGCAAUGAUUGGCAAAUUGGGGUCUCGUCGACCUGAUAAUGUUGGAAUGCAAAGAAUGCGGAAUGUGACGUUAGGAGCGGCCGAAUGGCGAAAAGAAUAAUAUUGUAAUAACGCCGUAAGGAUGAGGUUGGGUUUUACGUUCUUCUAACUUUCGAAGGGAAUGAAUUAAACCGAAAAAAACGUGUGUACUAAUAUAACUAUAAUAAUAAAAUUAAUG